AUUUUUAUGUAAUCAUUUUUAUUUUACGCGACUGCUGUUGCUGUUGCUUUUUUUACUCUUCAGCCUUGUCAACCAGCCAACCUUCUUCUUUCUGAUCAUUCAAAUUGUUUUUACUUACUACUACUAUUAGGCACACUUGGUUGGCAAAGUCAUAUUGCCAUAAGCCCUUCUUUCUUUCUUUCUUUCUCUCCGUCUCUACCCUCCCCCUUGGAGAUAUCAUCCAUCAACUCACCAUGGAGUCUUCACGCGGCCCCCCGAGGGUCAAGAAUAAGGCCGCCGCGCCUAUUCAGAUCUCCGCCGAACAAUUGCUAAGAGAAGCUGUCGACCGUCAAGAGACCUCCUUGCAAGCACCCACCCAGAGAUUUGGAGACUUGGAAGAGCUUCAUGAGUUCCAAGGUCGAAAGCGGAGGGAGUUUGAAGAUUAUGUUCGCCGCAACAGAGUUAACAUGAACAACUGGAUGCGUUAUGCAGCAUGGGAACUUGAACAGAAAGAGUUUAAGCGCGCCCGUUCCAUCUUCGAACGAGCCUUGGAUGUUGAUUCUACUUCUGUUGUCCUAUGGAUUCGAUACAUUGAAGCCGAGAUGAAGAGUAGGAAUAUCAACCACGCCAGGAAUCUCCUCGACCGUGCCGUUACCAUUUUACCCCGAGUCGAUAAGCUGUGGUAUAAGUAUGCUUAUAUGGAAGAGAUGUUGGGGAACAUCCCAGGCACGAGACAGGUCUUUGAGAGGUGGAUAUCCUGGGAACCUGACGAGGCAGCGUGGGGCGCCUACAUUAAGCUGGAAAAGCGGUACGGCGAAUUCGAACGGGCCCGCGAUAUUUUCCAACGUUUCACCAUAGUUCAUCCCGAACCACGGAACUGGAUCAAAUGGGCUAAAUUCGAGGAAGAGUACGGAACUAGUGACUUGGUUAGAGAUGUCUUUGGCGCUGCAGUUGAAACACUGGGCGACGAGUUUGUCGACGAAAGACUCUUCAUCGCCUACGCUAGAUUCGAGGCCAAGCUCAAGGAAUAUGAGCGGGCCAGGGCUAUUUACCAAUACGCCCUUGACCGUCUGCCUCGGUCCAAGUCUAUGGGACUACACAAAGCCUACACGACCUUCGAGAAACAAUAUGGUGAUAAGGAUGGCGUGGAAGAAGUGAUCCUGUCCAAGAGAAGGCGAUUAUACGAAGACCAGAUCAAGGAGAACCCCAAGAAUUAUGACAUAUGGUUCGAUUACGCCAGGUUGGAAGAGACUGCCGGAGAUCUAGACCGAGUCAGGGACGUUUACGAGCGAGCCGUGGCCCAAAUCCCACCCACGCAAGAGAAGAGGCAUUGGCGUCGUUACAUUUAUCUAUGGAUUUUCUACGCUAUUUGGGAGGAGAUGGAGGCGAAAGAUGUCAGCCGAGCACGCCAGAUCUACAAGCUGUGCAUUGACUUGAUUCCACACAAGAAGUUCACGUUUGCCAAGAUUUGGCUACUGAGGGCGCAGUUUGAGAUACGCCAGGGCGAAUUAACGACUGCUCGCAAGACACUGGGCCAAGCCAUUGGCAUGUGUCCUAAGGACAAGCUAUAUAAAGGCUACGUUGAACUAGAAUUGAAGCUGUUUGAAUUCGUGCGAUGUCGAACUCUAUACGAAAAGCAUAUCGAGUGGAAUCCAGCCAAUUGCCAGACGUGGAUCAAGUUCGCCGAACUGGAGAGAGGGUUGGAUGAUCUCGACCGAACGAGGGCCAUCUUUGAGCUCGCCAUCAACCAGUCUGUCCUAGACAUGCCAGAACUCCUGUGGAAGGCGUACAUCGACUUUGAGGAAGAAGAGGGUGAGUACGAGAAGACGCGCGACCUGUACGAGAGGCUGCUGGAGAAGACGGAUCACGUGAAGGUCUGGAUCAGCUAUGCGCACUUUGAGAUCAACAUCCCAGAAGCAGACGAGGAAGAGACGGGAGAGGAGGAGGAGCGGCCGGUUAGCGAAGAGGCCAAGACUAGGGCUCGUAGCGUAUUUGAGCGUGCUCAUAAGCGGAUGAAGGAGAAGGAGCUCAAGGAAGAGAGGGUUUCUCUGCUCAAUGCCUGGCUAUCGUUCGAACGCACGCAUGGAUCAGGCGAGGACAUAGAGAAAGUGCAGAAGCAAAUGCCACGGAGGACGAAGCGGAGACGCAAGCUCGAAGACGACACUUUCGAGGAGUAUAUCGACUACAUCUUCCCCGCCGACGACGAACAGAAACAAGACCUCUCCAAGAUGCUGGCCAUGGCCCAAGCCUGGAAACAAAGCGGUGGGGCGGUCACUGGGUCGAGCUAAGUGUCAUGUUUACUCUAGCCUACUGAUUUUUAAGUGUCUUAAUUUAAUGCUCCUUACUCCCAAGACUCCCUCUCCAAGUAUCACGCCAAGCCGCGAGGGAAGGAAGCUUCCUAGAUCUACCUAUGUACCCAGUAAUAGGAGGAGGAUGAAUGCGGCUCGGGCCAUGCGAAUAGCUUGCCUUGCCUUGUCCACCUGUCUACAUUGCAUACAUACGUACAUACAUACUAUCCUCAAGUCGGAUAUUUUCCGAUACAUACCUUUCCCCAAAUAGAACAUUGACGACAAGACAAGGAGGGGUCGUGGGAUUGCAUGCAAGUAAAUAAGGCGGUCAGCACAAUGACAUCAUACAUUUUACCACCUACAUGUACCGAGGCAUGUUUAUCUAGGUUAGGUACCUAACCAUAGGUAGUUACCUGCGUUAGCACAUACCUAUACAUAUGUACCUAACACCAGGUAUUCGGUCCACGCAUGCGUGAUAUGUACA